CACUCUCCCCGCGAGUGAUUUCUCAUCAAGAACGAGUUCUCUAAGAGGUACUAUACAGUGUCUUGCCCUUUAGGAUUGCUGGAAGUUCGCUUCCUCAUCCCUGGAGAAAGAGGAGUCUGCCGUAACUGUCUGGUGCGAGACCGACUGAGGGGCUUGUUUUUGGCCCGGCCCUCCAAAGGACGCUAUCGAAAGGUCCCAGACAGAUCGUCAUAUACCCCUCCUUUUGGACAGGUAGAUUUUCUCGCCCACGAAGACAGACAGCCAGACAGCGGGUGAAAGACGGGAAAGGCAGACUACCUAGUACUAUUUUGUCAUUCACCAUGCCGGAAUUCCAGCGGUGGACGAUCACCGAGCCAUAUAUUGAUAUUUCCGGUACCCUGCUGGAAGGCUCUUUCUACGACGAAACCCGGAAUGAAUACCGGUUCGUCGAUAUCUGGGAGCACAAGCUCUAUUCCAUGGACCUGGCCAAGGGUCCUAGCUCGCUGAAGGUCGUGGAAACGCCUACCUCGAUUGGUGUCACGGCGAAUCUGGCCAAUACAGAAGAUGUCUACAAAAACAAGAUUGCCGUCGGAGCUAAGCAGGGAUUCGCCCUGGCCAACCGCGAGACCGGUGAGCUGACCUUUCUCCGGAAAGCAUGGGAUGAGAAUGACGUGAGGUCGUUCGAAAGGAUGCGUUUCAAUGAUGGAGCCGUCGACAGCCAUGGGCGGUUCUGGGCCGGAGCGAUGAAUGACCCGAAAGUACAGCAGCCGAAAGAUGAGGGUGUCCUCUUCCGGCUGGACCCCGACCUGAGCUUGCACCGGAUGGUGGAGAAAUUGACCAUUCCGAAUGGGAUUGGCUGGAACGCAAAGGAUGACACGAUGUAUCUGACCGACUCGCCGACGGCGACCAUCUACGCAUUCGACUUCGAUGCGCGCACGGGGGCGAUCAGCAAUCGGCGCGUGCACUUCAAGCUGGACGAGCCCCUGGAGCCCGACGGGUUCGCCAUUGACGAGGAGGGCUGUAUCUGGAGCGCCAUCUACGGCGGCGCCAAGGUCAUCCGAAUUUCACCGACGGGCGAAAUCAUUGGCGAGAUCGUCCUGCCUACACGCAAUGUCACCUGCCCGGCGUUCAUCGGCACCGAACUUUUCAUCACCACCGCCAAGGACGAGCCGACAGACCACUUCCGCCACUCGGCCAUGUACGGCGGUAAGGUGUACAAGGUCGACGUCGGUGUCCGGGGGCUCCCCAAGCACAAGUUCCGCCUAGAAGCAUGAAUUACAUACUACUUAUUGGGUACUAACUACCUACCUACCUACCUACCUA